CUGGGUAUUACCGUUAUGGUUCGGAGAUCAUGGUGGAGAUUGGCGACUCGCGAGCCGGGAUGAUAGAAGGGAAUUUCUGGGUCCGCGAGAGCUGGCCGGCUUGCGAAAUGUUCUCCAGCUUUCCGAACUAGACAGUUCGUGAAAUUUGAAGCUUCAGGCUCGUCGAAUGGAUAGAAUCAAUGUGCUGCUGCAAUAUAUAUGCAACUCGAACACCUCCAUCCAACCUGACUGAGUGCCCACCUCAAUACUAGCCCGCUCCCCAGAAAGCAGAAAGUAGAAAACCCCCAGAAAAUAAAAACAUGUCUCUUUACUUCACAAACCGCCCCAACCCCGGCGCACCCUCCCUGUUACUCUUGCUAACGCUCGCGCUUCUCAUCCCUUUCACGCCGCCGAACCCCUCGCACCUCCUGCAGCUCCCGCUGCUUCUCGGCGCCAGCACUCCGCACCGCCUCUGCACUCCGCUGCUGCACUUCACCUUCCUCGCGGGGAUACUAUCGAUCUAUUCCUCCAUCACACCGCUAGCCGCCUGGUCGCUCGCCGCGUCGGUGGGGCUAUACGCGCGGAUGUUCCCGGCAGGGACUAGCAGGAGCGUGGUGGCCAAGUUGCUGUUGUAUCUUGCGUUGAAUGCUAGGCUGAGGGAGGGCUGGGAGAUCACGGGUAUAAACUGUGAUUUCACGGAGGGGUGGUGUAAUGUGCGCGCUGGCGCGUGGCAGCGCAUAACUGUGUGGGCCGCUGUUACGGCGGUGAGGUUUUGGCGGUUUGGGCCUUGAUUGGAUAGCAUAUGUGGAGAGAAUUGACAUUCCCCAUAUAGUGGUUGAGAGGUGGGAUAGGUCUCGCAGGUAGAGGCAAGGUAAAUGACACACUGUGGGUAUCUGGUAUGCAGUGGAGAGGUCAUUCGUCCUGUUGGCGUGGCUGAUCUUGGAAGCGCCUCGAAGGUAGGUAUGGAGUCUGCCCUGAAUAGCGUCUGUUUCCGUCGUUCAAGUAGGUGAAGUACUUGCAGGCUUCAUGAACUGGGACUCUCAGUAGAGGAAAGGAGAGUACAGUUGUCUACCCGAGGAAUGGGCCAAAGUUCAAACGCGAUUUGCGAGUUUGCGGGAUAUAUACAUAGACGCGGUGUAUGCUAAAUUAGAUC